AUGGAUACCGAUUUUGGAUUGGAUUCGUCGGAACCGUUAGAAAACACAAGAACUCAACGCAAAAGAAGGAGUUCUUUAUUCGGGAAACAAAGCAAUGGAAACGCGAAUCCAAUUCCCGAUUCUGACGAUGCGUUCGCUGAUAAGUCCGAUAUAUCUGCCGUUCCUCCGUCAGGCUCUCGACCCCGACGUCUGGCCACUUGGGCUGACGACUCAUCCGAUGAGAUCCAACAGAUCCGCAACAUUCAGAUGUCGGCCAACAAACAGAAAAUUAUUGCUCGCCACCAAAUGCCAGUCUCACUACAGACUCGGGCAAUGUUGUGGCGCAACUCCAUUGAGGACUCCGUUCACGUGUUGCUCUUCGAUGGCAAACAGGAAAAGAUUGACUAA